AUGAGAAAAGUACGACUGUUAGCUAUGCGUGAAAUUAAGGAUAGCCCUGGAGCAAUUGAUAUACUUCGAGCGGAUCAAUGCGUAAAUCUAGUGCGACGGAAACCCGAUGGUAACAUCGCUAGUGUAUCGCGUGACCCAGCUACUGAGGAGACAAAUCUACGCGGUGAUCCACUAAUAUCACUGCAACUAUUGAGGUUGUGA